CCGGAAGUAAACAUCACGUGACCUUGCAGAUCAGCUGACCCUGCGUGGACAUCUUUACGAGUCACGACUGCUGCGAUUAAUUCAAACCUCUUCGUCUGUGUUUCUCCGGCCCGGGCGGAUCUUUGACAACCGCAGCGAUGGCGCUCAGCGAUGCCGACGUUCAGAAGCAGAUCAAGCACAUGAUGGCCUUCAUCGAGCAGGAGGCCAAUGAGAAAGCAGAGGAAAUCGAUGCAAAGGCGGAGGAAGAGUUCAACAUCGAGAAAGGACGACUGGUCCAAACGCAGCGUCUGAAGAUCAUGGAGUAUUACGAGAAGAAAGAGAAGCAGAUCGAGCAGCAGAAGAAGAUUCAGAUGUCAAACCUGAUGAACCAGGCUCGACUGAAGGUCCUCAAGGCUCGUGACGACAUGAUCUCGGAAAUGCUUAAUGAAGCUCGUCAGCGACUCGGCAAAGUGGCCAAAGAUCCGGCGAGGUAUCCGGCUCUUUUAGACGGACUCAUGCUUCAGGGAUUUUAUCAGCUUCUGGAGUCAAAGGUCACCGUUCGCUGUCGUAAACAGGACGUGCAGCUGGUGCAGGCCUCGAUCCAGAGGAAUCUUCCCAUUUACAAAGCGUCUGUGAAGAACAGCCUGGAGGUCCGCGUGGACCAGGACAACUUCCUGCCUGCAGACAUCUCUGGUGGAGUCGAGAUCUAUAAUGGCGACGGGAAAAUCAAGGUGGCAAACACUCUGGAGAGCAGACUGGACCUCAUGGCUCAGCAGAUGAUGCCUGAAAUCCGCGUGGCUCUGUUUGGUGCUAAUCCAAACCGCAAGUUCCUCGACUGAGUCGCUGAAGAAGAAGAAGAAGAAGAAAAAAUCCCCUUUUUAUUUUUUGUUAUUGUAUGAAGAAAAAAAAGACGUCAUUCCUGUGGUGUGUGUGUGUGUGUUUGUGUGUGUGUUGUAUUUGCUGUGACCUGUGACCUGUGACCUGUGUCCUGUGUCCUGUGCUGAGUCUGGGUUCACACUGGUCAGUUGAACAGCUUCUCCUCUGUGAGACAGAAGGAAGUUUUCCUGACCUUGUUAAUGGUCGAGUAUGCUCCGCCUCCCUCUGUCAGCUGAUGUGAGCUUCCUGUUGGGUUUGACGGGUUGGUCACGCCUCCACAGGUGGCAGCUGUGGUGGAGGCAGAUAAACAAGGUCAGGAAAUCUCAUGUGUUGUCGUGUAAGCGGGUCGGGGUCUGUGACGGGUCGGGGUCUGUGAGGGGUCGGGGUCUGUGACGGGUCAGGGUUACACAGCGUCUGAGUUUCAUGAACCUCUCUCACGGAGCAUUGUGUUGACCUUUUAAGAGUGAGUGUAUUAACGUUACAACGUGUGUGUGUGUGUGUGUUAUUGUUGUGUCACGGGUUGGCGAGGCUGCACCGUCCUGUUCUGUUCUGUUCUGUGUGUAUCUGAGGUUCCACAUUAAAUUAAGGUUUUGUUGUUUUUCUUUUUCUGAUUGUGUCUCAAACUGAAAAUAAUGUAUCGUGUAAAUGUAAACAUAAUAAACUGUAAAUCAUGAGUAGCACAUGAGUCAGCGUGUGCUCCUCCUCCUCCUCCUCCUCCUCCUC